AUGUCGAUGCUUCCCGCUGACGUGCAUGCGGAGCUAACGCAACUGCUCCAAGCAUUGCAAUCCUCAGACAACUCGAUACGCUCCCAGGCAGAGGAACAUCUCCAAAACCACUGGACUAUCAAUCGGCCAGAACUCUUACUCAUGGGCCUUGCUGAACAAAUUCAAAACACGCCCGAUGUUUCCACCCGUUCUUUCGCUGCGGUUAUAUUCCGACGAAUCGCUUCGAAAUCUCGGAAAAAUGAGAAAGGAGACACCGUCGAUAUAUUUGUUUCUCUACCCCAGGAACAGGCGGCCGUCAUUCGCCAGAAGCUUUUGGAGAUCCUCACGUCAGAGACAGAACGUGCCGUGAGAAAUAAGAUUAGCGAUGCUGUUGCUGAGGUUGCGAGGCAAUAUACUGAAGGAGACCUGCCGUGGCCCGAGCUACUCGGUGCAUUAUUCCAGCUGAAUCUCGCCGCGGAGCCCGAUAAACGCGAGACUGCGUUCCGAGUAUUUGCUACCACCCCCGACAUCAUCGAAAAGCAACAUGAGGACGCGGUCCUCCAAUCCUUUAACAAGGGAUUCAAGGACGAUUCUGUUACAGUGCGAUUAGCAGCUAUGGAGGCAUUUGCAUCAUUCUUCAGAGGCCUUUCCAGGAAAGCCCAGCCCAAGUACUAUCCUCUGCUCCCGGAAGUCCUCAAUAUUUUGCCUCCAAUCAAGGAAUCUCAUGAUUCUGAUGAUUUGAGUAAAGCUCUGGUUGCUUUAAUCGAUCUCGCGGAGACAUCACCAAAGAUGUUCAAACCUCUUUUUCACAAUCUCGUCGUUUUUAGUGUCAGCGUUAUCUCUGAUAAAGAGCUCGACAAUCUUUGCCGUCAGAAUGCCCUUGAAUUGAUGGCGACCUUCGCAGACUAUGCACCUUCUAUGUGCCGAAAAGACCCAUCAUAUACAGAAGAUAUGAUCACUCAAUGUCUAAGCCUGAUGACGGAUCUUGGUGAGGAUGAUGAUGAUGCUGCUGAAUGGCUCGCCUCAGACGAUUUGGACCAGGAAGAGAGCGAUCAAAAUCAUGUAGCUGGAGAACAGUGCAUGGAUAGACUUGCGAACAAACUUGGCGGACAAACGAUUCUGCCACCUACAUUCAACUGGCUCCCCGAAUGA